AAAUUGAUUCAGAGAGAGCAAUGAUGAUGAUUCGAACGGCUUUAGUGUUCGUCUUCUUCGUCGGAACUGUCGUACAAGCGCAGCUGAUACCUCCGGUGAGGCGUGAUGGAUUCGUGUAUCCACCGGGUCGGAAGAUUGACCCAGAGACGAUACUAAUCGAGGCGUAUUUUGACCCGGUUUGCCCGGACUGUAGAGACGCUUGGGAGCCACUAAAGCUAGCGAUUGAUCAUUAUGGAUCUCGCGUUGCUCUUGUUCUUCACCUCAUUCCUUUGCCCUUCCAUGACAAUGCAUUUGUAGCAUCUCGGGCCUUACACAUCGUUGAUACCUUAAACGCCAAUGCCACGUUUAAUUUGCUGGAAGGGAUCUUCAAGCAUCAGGCAUUGUUUUACAACUCGCAAACACAACUCAUGUCAAGACCUGCAGUUGUGGACAAGUUAAUCGAGCUUGGAACAGUUACAUUGGGAAACUCUUAUCAUUCUCCUCUGAAAUCUGGUUUCAGCAACUCUAAAUCUGAUCUUGCCACAAGAAUUUCCUUCAAGUAUAGCGUCUCAAGAGGAGUCUCCGCGACACCAACCUUCUACGUGAAUGGGUUCGAGCUGCCCGGUGCUGGUUCUCCCAAAGAUUAUGAAGGAUGGAGAGACACCAUUGAUCCUCUGGUUAAACCACACGAAGUAGACAUGCGAGACACCUUCCUUUCAUUCCUCACCCAAUCAUCUUAUUAGUUGUAAUUUCUAUGCUGUGCCAAAACUCCUACCUAAAUACAUAUCUGUACUUAGCCUGAAAAAUCCAGAAGCAUAAGUCUCAUACAUGUUCAUAUUGUUAUUUGUUACAUGUUUCAACUA